UCGUCUCACCGGAAGCUGUGUUGUUUACAUUUUCCAAGAUGGCGGCGGGAAUGUAUUUGGAGCAUUAUUUGGACAGCAUAGAAAACUUGCCCUUCGAGUUGCAGAGAAACUUCAAUUUGAUGAGGGACUUAGAUCAACGCACAGAAGAUCUGAAAGGACAGAUCGACUCCCUCGCAAAAGAAUACACAUCAAAUGCGCGAACUCUUUCCUCUGAGCAAAAGCUGUCCAUACUGAGGCAAAUUCAGCAAUCGUACAGCAAAUGCAAAGAAUUUGGCGACGACAAAGUGCAACUGGCCAUGCAGACCUACGAAAUGGUCGACAAACACAUAAGACGCCUAGACACAGACCUGGCCCGUUUCGAAGCAGACCUGAAGGAAAAACAGAUUGAAAGCACGGACUACGAUUCCACCUCCAGUAAAGGAAAAAAAGUGGAUACUAGACAGAAGGAAAAGAAGUCUGCUAAAACGAGAUCUAAAGUGAAGAGCUCUGAUGAAGAUGGCAGUCCCAAGAGCGCCCAGAAGAAAGUCAAACUCCUUCAAACGGGUGAAUUCAACAGCCCCUCCACCAACUUUGGAAAUGUUCACCCAUCCGAUGUGCUGGACAUGCCAGUGGACCCCAAUGAGCCCACCUAUUGUCUGUGCCAUCAGGUGUCUUAUGGCGAGAUGAUUGGCUGUGACAACACUGAUUGCUCCAUUGAGUGGUUCCAUUUUGCAUGUGUGGGUCUGACAACCAAACCACGAGGCAAAUGGUAUUGUCCACGCUGCUCUCAAGAUAGAAAGAGGAAAUAAAACGGUUGUCCUGGAACAAACACUAAUCCGAAGGGGGACAAAAAAAACAUGUUUUCAUUCAUUACUAGUUUGUUUUUCCAUUUUCCUUAACAUGUGGUGCUUUCUUUCUUCUUUUUUUUUUGUAUUUGCCUUGGUCUGAUGCAGACUGUUUGAUGGAAUUAUGAAGUGGUUUCAGGUGUAUUUAAAAACUGUUUUUUUUUUUUUUUUUAGUUACAUUGGUGCUCUUAUUACAUUUUUUAAAAUAGUUUUGUUCAAACACUAACACUACGACUGCCCUGAAUUGUUUAACGGUUUAAAUUUGCAUGAUACUACUACUAUCCAUCUGCGAAAUGUGAAGUAUUUUCUUUUGGGUAAAAAAAAAAAAAUGUGGCCAUUUAUAAUUAUUUGCUUUGUUAUGUAGUUACCUUUUUUUUUUAAUAUCAUGGAGAACAAAUUUCACUUGUUCUACAGGUAAGCGGAUCAAAAGUGUGAUCGCAGAUGCUGCACAAUGGAUGUGUCGGUCAUUUUUUAGGUAGCGACAAUUUAUUUUAGCAUUUUGAUCGAGUGCUGUUUCGAGUGUAAGACAUUUUUGGAAAAAUAUUGUCAUCGAUGUAGCUGGAAUAUUGGUACAACGGGGAGGGUGUGAUUGUGUUAUCAAUCAUUUGAAUACAGCU